CCAAGUUUGCAUCUUUGAUCUCUGUUAGCCAUAUGUGUACUUCUAUUCUAAUCUUCUAGGCAAGAUAACUGAUAUGUUGCUUGAUGAAUUUAAUUGUAUUUUCAACAAUCGUUUCAUAUUUGCAUAUGGUGUAUUGAGGAGAUUCUUGCCUGAGGAAAAGGUUGAGUCAGUGAAGGGUCUGACACUCACUGCUGAUGGAAAUGGUGCUGUGUUUGAUGUGGCUGUAGAAGAUUUGGAUACAUUUCUUUCUGGGGGUCCCCGCCCCCGUGGGGACCCGUUGCCAUCCUUAGCAGAGGUAGAGGAAGAUGAGAUGGAGGCAGGAGUGGAGGGAGCUGAAGUGGAUGAGAGCCAACCAGUUCCAGAAGUAGAGAUUCAUCCAGUUCCUUUUGACGAUGAGCAGCCUCCUCUGCCAGACAAGCAGUAGCCAACACAGCCACCUCCUCCAGCUGAGUAGGAGCCCAUGCAGUCACCUCUCCAGCAGAGAACUUUUGUUUUUUAAGUUUUGUAAAACAUUGAAACAAUUUGUAAUUCUUCCUUGAAUGAAAAUUCAUUUUUUAAAAUCAUGUGUUUGUUUGUGUUUGCUUUACAUUUUUGUUAUUAUUUUUUAUUAAUAAAAGAACUGAGAUUAU